AUGACAAUGACAAAGAUUGAUGGCCUGGUUGACCAAAACAUUUGCCGGUCACCUGACGCGUGCAAAAAGGGACGCACACCACCUUGGAGUCACCAUCCUGGAGUCAUGCCAGGCACUCUGCAUCAAACGGCCCGCCCCAAUGCAGUUCAGCCUCGUGCCGCUAUUGUUAUCAUUCGACCAGGCGCUUGGUCUUUGCGGGACGAACCUCGCAGGCACAUCAAGAGACCGACCAACAUCGUCAACAUCCCGGAUAUCUUGCUCUCAAGCACUGCGACUGGGGCUGGGAGGCAACAGGAGGCUGAGAGGUCAACUGUUCUUUCUGUCCCAGCCAUUGUCUUUUUAGACGGAACCAUCACGCUCUGCCUCAGAAUAUUGCAGCCCGUCUGCACUGUACAGUCAAUCAAGGACCAUUCACUUCGAAGCUGCAAUGGUGCUUCCGUACCUGCGCCUCCCUUCCAGCUGGCACCCUGCGGGACCCUGGUGCUUCACUUUGAGCGGUUGACGUCGCCAAACAUCAGACCAAACUGA